AUGUUCUCAUUGGCCCUUGUACUCAUCUUGUCUCUGGUCGGACUGUACCAACACUAUCUAGCCCCGCCUCGUCAACCUCAUGGCAUCGGAGCCGUGCCGUUCUGGGUAACAUUGUUACCCCUGGUGAUGGACGUCGACCAGGAGAGACUCUUCCGCCGCUACAUCGCACCACGGUUACAUGACAAGGGAGCUGUCAAAAUCUUCUUCGGGGGGCAGUGGAACGUGCUCGUACAACGUCCAGAAUUUGUGGCCGAGGUACUAAGGCAGGAACAGAUUUACCACAAAAGCGGCAAUCAGAAGAAGAUUCCCUACAGUGUGCUGGCUGAAUUUCUCGGAUCCAACAUCAUCUCGGCACGUGGCGAGGAAUGGCGACAAUAUCGCGCUGUGAUUGGGCCCGGCCUGACAGGAACAUUUGACGUCGAGCCCAUGCUGGAGCGUGCAAGACAGCUGUGCUCCAUCCUUGUCGGGCUCCAGGGGGGUCAGGACCCUCGUGGGGUUUUUGUGCAAGAGCCCCUCCAGCGGUACUCGAGUGCGAACCUUUUGCAUUUCGUCCUUGGCCAACCCCAAUUGGCCCAGAAAAUGAUGAGCCGCGAACCAGUCCCUCUCCACCAGGUCCAGCUCACCCUGAAGCGAUACCUAUUCCAACCCCUCUACAUGAGCUUCCCGGUCCUGGAUCGCCUGAGCUGCAUCAUCCCGUCCCGCCGAAGGGCGCGCCAAUUGGUGCGAGAAUUCGCCGCCAUGCUCCAGGCGAGCAUCCUGCAAGGUGACGGACGGGAUGGCAGUGCAGGAACCCACCUAAUCCAUGCCUGGCAAGACGGAUUACUCACAGACCGGCAGUUCCGCGACAACCUGAUGGUUCUGUAUGUGGCUGGACAGGAGAAUCCUCAGCUGCUGAUGAUCUGGACGCUGUACCUCCUCGCCAAGUACCCAAACGUCCAAGCCCGAUUACGAGAGGAGAUUCGGUCUUCCGGCAUACUGGUGGUUCCACGCCCGGACUGGACGCGCUUGCCCUACCUGACCGCCACCAUCCUUGAAUGUCUCCGCCUCUUCCCUCCCAUCUCCCAAUUAAUCAACCGCCGCGUAUCCCAGCCCACUCAGUUGGGAGGGCACCUCAACCUGCCAGCGGGCACCUACGUCGGCUACCACAGCUACGCCACCAACCGGGACCCCGAGGCGUGGGGGCCCACGGCCAACGACUUUGAGCCCACGCGCUGGGGCGUAACCCAUGAGCAAAUUUCCCAAACCUAUCGCCAGAUGAAAGCCCGAGCGGCGUUCAUUUCCUUUCACGGUGGGGCACGCGCGUGCCUCGGAGAGAAGUUUGCCAUGCUGGAGAUCCGAACGAUGCUAUUCGUAUUGAUCCACCAAUUGCAGUGGAGGUUGGAUCCGGACUGGAAGGAUCAAAUGGCGCCAGCGGGACCACUCCAUCCUCGUGGCUUACGAGUAGUGUUCAGUCCGUGCGAGGAUUGA